GAUGGUGGUCAUGGUUGGGGUUCUUUUGAUUUUCAUCAUGAAAAUACCGAAUUAAGUCAUGUUCUAGAUCAAAAGAGUUCAAAAUUAAUGCUUCUUGUGAAAGAUUAUGUUUGGGGUCUCACAGUUGAUCGGUAUACAGAUAAAGGAAGGGACCAUUUGUUGCAACUCCUGAAAUUGUAUCCAGACAAGUGCUUCCUUGACCUUGACCUUCCCUUGAUGAUGGCCACUCCGGAGACGCUAAGUUCAUUGUUUGAAGCCAUCAAGAUUGGCGACCAUGCUGCUUUGGAAACAUUGCUGAUUGCCCGCCCUUCCUGGGUUGGGCGGACUCUGACAGGCUGCACACUUCUUGAAGCUGCUGUCCACUGUCAUGCUGGAUCUCUUGAAAUAAUUGAAAUUCUUCUGAAGUCUGGUGCUAAUGUGAAUCAGCUGAGUGUUUGUUUUGAUGUGAUGGAUGGAUCGGAAACUCCUCUGAUUGCUGCGGCUAGGAAAGUAUGCAGAAAAGAAUUAGUUGUUCGUCUCGUAGAAGCCGGUGCUCGUGUGAAUGCAAUCGAUGGUGUUGCACAACUCUCUGCCCUGUCAUACACUUGCAUUGUUCCUCCAAAUGAUAAACAAGCUGUUGAAGCAUUAGGCAUAGCAAGAGUAUUGCUGGAGAAUGGUGCUGAGGUGAAUGGUGCACCUGGAGAGCGGACCCCGCCGCUUCAUCUCGCAGUCGGUCGUGCUGACAAUCUUGCAAUGGUCAAGCUUCUCAUAUCACAAGGAGCAGAUGUCAACCAGAUGGAUUACAUGGAGCAGGUCGCCCUUCACAAGGUCAUCUCUCCCGACGUUGCUACCUACCUCAUCCAGAAUGGUGCGAUUCUUCUGCCGCAGUCACGCUACUGGCUCCAUCCCGUUGAAGCCAUCAUUGCUUCAAAAGACAAACGUCUCUUCUACGUACGCCUGGAACUAGUCCGAUUAAUGAUACAACACGGUGUCCAAUUGAACGUUAAAAUGAUACCGGAACCAUGCCGUUGGUUUUAUCAGUACUAUCCGCAUUGGUUGAUAAAAUAUGGUGCCAUGCAGCUUCACGGACCUUGGUAUCCACGUGGUGAGGUUGAAUCAGCCACAGAGCGUGGUUGGUACAAAAUUGCGCAAUACGCACGUGAUUUUGUUCCAGGUAUGGCAGAUGAUAAAGAUUCAAUAUGUAAGCGAUUCUUCUGGGAUUUUCGGGAUAUAAAUGAGCGGUUUAUUGCUGACGAUACCAAGGCUUGGAUUGAAGAUUUGCAUCAACAGCCACCUCGGCUGCAGGAUAUGUGUACGGCCUCGAUUCGUCACGUCUUGUUAAAAAAUAGUGCUGGGCGGAGUAUAGUUCCUGCCAUUGAUUCGAUGGCACUACCGUAUAAACUACGACAUCUUGUCGUGAGGGCACCACCGAAAUAACUUUCUGCCCGAACAAUCCAAGUGAAUCGCACUCACGGUGUGGCAUUUUGACCAAUAACAAAUUGCCAGUGCAAGUCUAACAUGUUUUGGACUCAUUAACUUGGACUCAGAUUUUGCUUUCCCCAUUCUUUCUAUUAAUGGAAAAUAUGGCACCUUCUUGCAGUAGCAUAUUGAAGUGUCAUUGCUGAGAACACUGCAAUCUCUGACCAAUUUUUUGUAUUUGAGAAAUUCAGAGUGGUAAAAGAGAGAACAUUUUCAUAACUGUCAAGAUGUAUAUUUAUAAUGACCUGUACUGUUCUUCAGGCUUGGUUGUGUUAUAUAGCUAUCAAAUGAAACUAGUCUGCAUUUAUAUGUUUACAUGAAUGCCAUUAAAAAAAUUUGUGUGGUGCUAUUAGAGACAGAAAGUUAGUGUUGAAAAUGUCACUACAUGUAUGUUAACAAAGAUUGGAUAGCACAGGGCCUUGUUGUUUGGUGCUAAAACGUGUCAGCAAAUAAUCAAUGUGUCAAUCAUGUUCUGAAAUGCUAAAAUUGAUAUGUUAACAUGGUUACUUGGUUACUCAUCAAGAUAUGAAAAUUUUUGUUACCAUGGUUGCCAGAAGUAUGUAUACAGUUUAAAUCAUGUUUACAUGUAGAAAUGUAAACGGUUAACAUCCAAUCAUGUUCAGAAAUAUCAAACCUAUUAGGUUGCCAUGUGGUAUUCACUGGUGAAGAUAUCAAUCAUGUUUAGGAUUACUGGUACUAAACUAGGUCAGUGAGCAUGGUGGAAUACCACUGUCAAUAGAUCUAGUAAAGUAGUAUGUACAUGUGUAGAAUUGUCCUGAAGCUCAGGCUACUCGGGUCACAAUAGAUUCUAGCACAGCAAAAAUGUAAAUGUCUUACAUACAUGUAGAAGAAUGACAAUGUAAUCAGUUGGUGCCUAUUCCUAUUGCAAAAAGAUUUAUAUAAUAAACUAUUCAUUGUUGA